UCCCUGAUGGAUUGGCAAGGGCAAAAGCUAGCGGAGCAGCUGAUGCAGAUAAUGCUGCUGGUGUUCGCGGUGGUUGGGUUUCUCACUGGUUACGUGAUGGGUUCGUUCCAGGUGAUGAUGCUGGUGUAUGCAGGUGGUGUGGUUCUGACCACAUUGAUCACUGUCCCCAAUUGGCCCUAUUUCAAUCGCCACCCUCUCAAGUGGUUGGAUCCAAUUGAAGCCGAGAAGCACCCCAAGCCUCAGAAGCAGCAGCCUGUGAGUUUCAAGAAGAAAGGCUCCAAAGCUAAGUAGGUCAAUGAAUUAGCGUUGGUUUAGGUUAUGUCAUACCUGUUCUAAAGUUUGUGUUUGGAUUAUCAAUUGCAAUGUACUCGGGUUUAAAAUUUCUAACCUUUAUGCAAUGACCAGAAGAUUUUCACUUCAUAACAAUUUUGUGUGAUCUUUGUUUUUGGCCGUUUUCUGUUUUCGGGUUAUCUGCCUCUUUCUAAUCGAAAAACUGGAAGAAUAUGUUUGUUCAGUUGAUUGUGUUUGCAUUAAACCCCUCAUGUAUUGGUACCGGCCGGUUACAUUAUCGGCCGCUGGUUAUAUCUCAUCUCCACAGGAGUAGUCAUUUAUGUUUAGAAUGGUUCAGUCACAUACAGUAAUCAGAAAACACAACAGAACAGUACACAUGCCAAUUAACUAGAUAAAGGAUGUAAGGAUGAUCAAGUCUAAACAUCUGUGUCAUCCAGUCAUUACCAGCUUACAAGAAUUUG